AUGUCAGCUCCUCCUCAAGCUCUUCCUAUUGCUGGAGAUUUAGACGCAACAUGGAACUUCAUCAAACCAGGAUUGGAGUUCAUCUUGGGGGCCCAGGGAGACCAGGGAGUAACUUCUAAGAUAUACAUGAACUGCUAUACCGCAGUAUACAAUUACUGUACCAACAAAACUCGCAGCAGCACUCUCUCGCAAACAAGCACCCGCAUGGGACUGGAAAAGACGACAUAUACACUCACUGGUGGGGAAAUUUACGGUAAACUAGAGGACUAUUUGAAAGAAUAUGUGCAGAGCUUGCAUCCAGAAAAUAACGAACCGUUUUUGGAGUUCUAUGUCCGUAAAUGGAAGCGGUUCACAAUCGGCGCUCGUUACUUAAACAAUGUCUUUGACUACAUGAACCGGUAUUGGGUCCUUAAGGAGAGAUCUGAUGGACACCGGAACAUCUUUGACAUCAACAAUUUGGCUCUCGUUCAAUGGAAAAACCACCUUUUCACACCGAACCUAGAUCGUAUUCGUGCGGAGAUCUUUGGUCUCAUCGAGCGCCAAAGAAACAACGAGAUCGUUGAUACAAACAUCAUCUCUGUGGCUGUUAAAUCAAUGGUGUAUUUGGGAUUGGAUGUCAAUGACUUGAAGAAGCCAAACUUGCUGGUAUACGCCACCUGCUUUGAAACACAAUUUAUCGAAGUUACAGCCGAGUAUUACCGUAAAGAGAGUCAAUCCUUCCUCUCUCAACACGGAGUCAAGGAUUACAUGAUCAAAUGUGAGAAGCGCUUGCCCGAGGAGAUUAUUCGUGCUAACAACUACUUGGAAGAAAGAAGUCGAAAGCUCUUGCAUAUCACUUUACGUAAGGUCUUGAUCGAAGACCAUGCGCAGGAGAUGUAUGAUCAAUACUUGAAGCUCUUAGAGGAAAACGGAACUGAACAUAUUCACCGCAUGUUUGUUUUAUUCGCCGAUUUGCCCGAGGGUUUAGAUACUUUAGCUGCCAGGUUGGAGUCUCACAUUAAAAUUGAAGCCGCAAAAGAACUCGAAGAAUUGAAAUUGUCAACGGAGUCUCUUGAGGCUUCAUCUGAGGAUAAAACGGCACGAAAGAGACCACAAGUUGCCGUUAACCCUAAAGCCUAUAUUUAUGCAUUGGUCAACAUUUACGACAAAUUCAGCAGAGUUCUUGUUGAUUGUUUCAACAGAGACCCUCGCUUCAUCAAGUCCCUUGACGCUGCAUGUAAACACUUCUUUAACAUCAACGCAAUAGCUGUCCCAACCCCUAAAUCUGCAAGCAAGACACCGGAGUUAUUAGCAAGGUAUGCUGAUGCAUUUUUGAAGGCUACUACAAAGGAGGUUGAAACAGAAACGCACGUGGCUGAUAACUUGAAGCUCGUUUUGAGAUAUGUUGAGAACAAAGACGAGUUCGAAAAUCAUUACCGUCGUUUAUUGGCGAAGAGAUUGAUAAAUGGCAAUACUCGCUCUGACGAACUCGAGGAAGGAAUUUUACAAAAGCUCCAGGAUAAGAACUCACUCGAAUAUACAUCGAAGAUCACAAAGAUGUUCGAGGAUAUGAAGUCGUCUGAGACUUUGAAGCAAAGGGUGAAAGAAGUAAUCGGGCCUAACUCUGUCGUGGGUGAUUUCAACCCAUUGAUCUUAGCUAGUAGCAUGUGGCCGUUUGUUCACAACGAGGAGUACACUCUUAACAUUCCUCCCGAGUUGCAAAGCACUCUUAACUCCGUCGAGGCCGAGUACACUAAUUCACACUCAGAAAGAAAUCUUCAAUGGCUUUGGAAUCAUGGUAAAAACGAGGUCAAGGCCAAUUUGGCUAGAAAAGGCAAGCCACCCUUCAUUUUUACUGUUUCAAAUGUGCAGUUGAUGAUUCUUCUCGCAUUCAACAAGUCUUCCACGUACUCCUUCGGAGCACUUCACCAAAUUGUUGGAGUUGCUCAAAAUGUUUUCGAAGCCCACCUUUUACCAUUCGUUAAGUUCAAGUUGAUUGAGCAAGACCCACCAUCACAAUCAUUGAGCGAUCCAAACUCAUCGCUUACCAUUGUAAACGAGUACAAGUCGAAGAAAUUGAAGGUAAAUUUCGUCAGCUCGAUCAAGAACGAACAAAAACAGGAGGAAGAUGAGACCAGCAAAGAGAUUGAAGAAUCGCGUAAGAAUUACUUGACAGCAAGUAUUGUGAGAAUUAUGAAGGCCAGAAAAACGAGACAGCAUAACGAAUUGAUAAACGAGGUUCUCCUUCAAGCACAAUCGCGCUUCAAAGCCAAGCUCAUUGAUAUCAAGAGAGCUAUUGAGUACUUGGUUGAGAAAGAAUACUUGGCGAGAGUAGAGGGAGGCUCAUACGAAUAUCUAGCUUAA